UACAAUGCGUCGGACUCCGCGUCCGAGGGCCACGUUGUGCCCGUGAAUUCUGACUGUUUACCAGUUCCCCAAGCUUGAGUCUGAGAGAAGGAUCGCGAAAGGUGGGAGAUUCACUUCGGCUGUUGUCGCUGUAAUGGUAAUAUAAGAAAGGCUCCUUGUUCCUGGAACGCAGACCAGCACUCAGAGAAUACGUCUGGCACCAUGAGCUCCUGACGUCUGUCUGUUCAUUCAUCGCUAUGAGGGGUGCUGCGCUGGCGGUCGUGGUCGUGGUUGUCUUCUUCUUGGCCCUCUACCUCCUCCAGCGCUAUGGAGAUUUGCGGAAGCAGCAGCGGAUGGUCCUGUUAGGGGCGCUGCUCUCCUGGUACCUCUGCUUCCUCAUCGUCUUCAUCCUGCCACUCGAUGUCAGCACGACCAUCUACAAGCAGUGUGUUCUUGACAAAUCACACGACCUUACUCCUGUAACUCAAGCAAGACACACUAAUCGGACAGAGGCCAACUUGUCUCUUUAUCCAUCUGUAAGUGUACCAAAAGUGUGUGAGGAGCCCUGGAGUUAUAUCCCAGACGGCGUCCUACCAGUGUUUUGGAGAGUUGUAUACUGGACUUCCCAGUUUCUUACUUGGCUGCUAUUGCCCUUCAUGCAGUCUUAUGCACGGUCGGGAGCUUUCUCCAGAGUUGGAAAGAUUAGAACAGCUCUCAUCGAAAAUGCAAUCUAUUAUGGUACCUACCUCCUUAUCUUUAUCUCCCUGCUCAUCUACGUGGCCGCUCACCCACAGUGGAAACUCACAUGGACGGAGCUCCAGACCAUCGGUAUCACAGCUGCCAACACCUGGGGCCUCUUCCUUCUGGUGCUGUUGCUAGGCUACGGCUUGGUGGAGAUCCCGCGUUCUUAUUGGCUCUCAUCUUCCCAUGUUUACCUGCUGGCCAAGACCUACUUCAAGGCAGCAAAAAUGGCUACUGAGAAGGCAGCAGCUGAGGAGAACCUAGCAGAUGUUAUGGAGGAGGUGGCAGCUAUCCACGGAACUGUCAGGUACAACCACUCUCUCAGGAAGUGUGUGGACACCAUUUUGACAAAGUGUCCCACUGAGUACCAAGAGGAGAUAGGAAGAAAUGUGGAAAGCUCUUGUGAGGAACAGAAUGUCCUUCCCACCGAAAGAGGACUAGUUAGGCUUCAUAAAAAAGUAAUCUCUGCAGUGCAGAGACACGGUCAGACUCGGGUUCAGUGGUCUAUCUUAUUAGACCAGGCCUUCCAUCUGGAAGAUGUAGCUGAAAGCCAGGGCAGCCCGGUCCGGCACUUCGUCCAUAGCUUCCCCUCAGCACUCCACGGCGGCUGGAUCCGUAGGUUCAUCUACACUCCUACUGUGGAGUGGUACUGGGAGUGUGUGUUCAGGCAGGUUUUCUCCAGGAUGCUGGCAGUGCUCCUGUGUCUCCUCUCCGUAGCAGUGGUCUGGUCCGAGUGCACCUUCUUCAGCACGCACCCCGUCCUCUCUCUCUUUGCUGUCUUUAUUCGGAUGGCUGAAAAACAAUACAACUACAUUUGUGUUGAGAUGGCGUGCUUUAUCAGUAUCCUCUUCCUGUGUGCUUGCGUCUACUCCACAGUCUUCAGGAUACGGGUUUUCAAUUACUAUUACCUGGUGCCACAUCACCAGACUGAUGCCUACAGCUUGCAGUUCAGCGGAAUGUUGUUUUGUCGUCUGACUCCUCCUUUGUGCCUCAACUUUCUGGGCCUUAUUCAUAUGGACUCCGCCAUCUCGCACCAGGACAGAAUACAGACAUCGUACACCUCUAUCAUGGGCUCUAUGCGUCUGCUAUCUUUCAUAUCUGAUGGCUUCUACAUCUACUAUCCCAUGCUGGUUUUGCUGCUUUGCUGCGCCACUUUUUACAACCUGGGCUCCCGCUGUUUGAACCUUCUGGGCUUCCAUCAGUACAUCACUGACGAUGACUUGACCUCUGAGCUGGUGGAUGAAGGCAGGGAACUCAUCAGAAGAGAAAGAAGGAAAAGACAGAACGCUGAAGAUGGAGGAAAUCGAAGAUGGGCCUGGAGGGAGCGGUAUGGAGUCCAGGGGACCACUGGGCGGACCAGAGCUGGUUACUCUGAGUUAAAGGAUAACCAGAGCAGCCCUGUAAAAAAGAUCAAGAAAAGUGUUAUCACAUUCGCCAGAAGAGAUGGAGAGACGGAGGAACAGCAGACAGGCUUACUGCAAGACCACUCCAGUGACAAAGGUUCACCAAACAGAAGUAGAUCUACAGGAGGACGUUACCUCUCUCUGUCACCUUCUAGGACGGGCAUCUUUGAUGACGUUUGAUAGACUGAGGACAUGGAGGGAAAGCAAAAAACUCGUACAUGCUGGAAAUAACAUGGAGGACUAAAAAAUUAUAUUUUCCUGAGUAAAGUCUAAAUGCAAAGGAUUAUAUCUCAGGAAAUAAAUAGAAAAGAGAAUGUGUCUGAGGCAUAUACAUAUCAUCAGGUAACAGAUGAAAAUGAAAACUCUAAUAAAGGGUUUUAUAUGUCAGCUGAUUUCUGUAGCUGGUUUGUACAAGAGAUCAGUAACUGUAAAGUAAUGUUUCUCGAACCAAAGCCUUAACCUGUUUAUGGGAGAGAGGCGGGGUCCACACUGGACAGGGCGAAAGUCUAUCGCAGGGCUGACAUAUAGAGACAAACAACCAGUCACGCUCACAUUCACACCUGUAGGGUCUUCAGUUAACCUAACCCUACAUGUCUUUGGACUGUGGGAGGAAGCCGGAGUACCCAGAGGAAACCCACGCAGGCACAGGGAGAAAAUGCAAACUCCACACAGAGGGGCCCCAGCCAGCCGGCAGGUUCGAACCCAGAACCCUCCUGGCGUGAGGCCACAGUGCUGCCCGACACUCAUAUAUACUGUAUUUGGAAAUUCAUUGUCGUCUGAAGAUUGAUACAUUUUAUUUAUGAAUUAAAUAGCUUACUGGGCCUGAAACAAAAUGAAAACAGUUAACAUGUACGUAGAAGGAAGAUAUUAACAGCCUAAAAACUUUCAUGUUGAAAGUUUUGUGUGUAUGGACUACAUGCUGACAAUGACAACAUUUUCUAAACACUCUGUAAUACAGUCUGAAACCAAUUGUUUUCUGUAAGAGUUUUCAAUUGUGUGUCAACCAUGAUAAACAUAAUAAUUUUGCCCAUUCAUUUUAUCUUCUGUUGGAUUAUGAAUGACUCAAAAUGUACAGUGUCAUAUGUACCAGUACAUGUGACCUACUGUCUCCUUAGGAUCCACUUCUUAAAAUGUAUAUUGUACCAUAAAAAGUGGUCUGAGUGAAUGUCUCAAAAACAAUGAAAAUAUAACCUUAUAGUCAGACUAAGUGAACAGUAAAGAAAGUGUUCAUGUUUGAUAUUUUUUGUACAUGUGUAUCUCAGUCAUCUGUUGGGACUCUCUAUAAUUACAGCAGACUUAUUGACAUCCAUCAAAUUUUUGUACUGGAAUAUUAAUGCAUAUAUUGUGAGACAUAUGGUGGCUCAUCAAAUCUA